UGGCAAUUUUUUUUAUUAUUGACAAUCACAAUGAUCAAUUAUGUAAAUUGUCAACAAACAAUUCAACAACAGCAAGCAUAUCAUAUUCCAUUUGUCAACAAUAUACAACAUCAACAACAACAACAACAACAACAACAACAACAACAACAGCUCCAAUCAUUCAAUAUUCAUCAACAUCAUUAUCCUAUUUCAUCAUCAUCGUCAUCAUCAUCAUCGUAUAUGGCACCAUCAGUCGCUAAAAUUGGCGCUAUCUUUCAUCAUCCAGAAAAUUAUGACCAUGUAUCAUCAUCAAACAUCAUAGGAAGCAAAACACCAAGCUCCAGCAUACAAUCAUCAUCAUCAUCAUUAUCAUCAUCAUCCUCAAGUGCCGCAGCAAAUGCAAUAUUUCAAUCGCAAUCAUCAUCAGUGACAGCAGCAAUAACGAAUCCAAAUCGACAAAGUUUAUCAUCAUUAUUGGGCCAUAUUAAUGAAAAUGAUGAAUAUGAAGCUGAAAUUGCAUUUCGUUAUGCUGUUAAAAGAAUUAAUAAGGAUCGCAAUAUUUUACCAAAUACAACAUUGAUCUAUGAUAUUGAGUAUAUAUCACGUGAUGAUAGUUUCCAUGCUGCGAAAAAAGCCUGUAAAUUGAUUCAUGAUGGCGCUGUUGCUAUAUUUGGACCAUCCGAUGAUCGUAUCGGUGUACAUGUACAAUCAGUUUGUGAUACAUUAGAUAUACCGCAUCUGGAAACACGUAAACAUAAUCUAAAUAUUGGCAAAGAAUUUUCCAUUAAUCUGCAUCCAGGAGCGUUUUCUGUUGCUCAAUCAAUUCGUGUAUUGAUCACAUUUUUAAAUUGGACAAGAAUCGCUGUCAUUUACGAGGAUGAUAUUAAUUUAAUUGGCCUCCAAGAGCUAACAACAUUACCAUUGGCAAAAAAUGUACAAUUCUUUUUUCGUAAAACACAACAGGAUUCAUUCCGGGAAACAUUGAUGGAUCUUCGUGAUCGAGAAAUCUAUACAAUGGUUGUCGAUAUACCACAUGAACAUUUACCGAGCUUUUUUACUGCCAUCUUACAAAUACAGAUGAAUGAGAAUCGUUAUCAUUAUCAUUUUACAACAUUUGAUCUCGAAAUAUUUGAUCUUGAAGAUUUCAUGUAUAAUGAAGUGAAUAUUACUGCUUAUCGAAUUGUUGAUUAUUCCAAUCCAAUGAUACGAUCAAUGUUGAAAGAGAUGAGCAAAUAUCAUCCAGACAUUGCUCGACAAUUAUUACAUCAAAAUCAUUUGAUUAAGGCUUCCUCUGCAAUGAUGUUUGAUUCGGUUUAUGCAUUUGCACGUGGUUUAAAUCAAUUCUUUAAAUCUGUCCAUAAUUUAGCCGAAUUACAUUCAGCAGCAACAUUGACAGCAACAAUGAAUCAAUCGAAUCGUCAAUCAGCAUCAUCAUCAUCAUCGAUAACAAUGCUCAAUAGUUUUGCAUCAUGCUCAAACGAGACUGCCUGGAAUAAUGGUCUUACAUUAUAUAAUUAUAUUGAUUCGCUAUCAUUCCAUGGAAUGACCGGUCCAGUCAUGUUUAAAGAAGGCAUUCGUCAUAAUAUGAGAAUGGAAUUAUUAAAAUUGCGUAAUUUUCGCCUGGAAAAAGUUGGUGAAUUUUUCUACAGUAAUUCAUUAUUGAAUAUAACAAAUAUGGAUGCAUUUUUGACAUCCAAACAACGUAAUGUUACAUUACGUGUUACAACGGUUAAGAUGGAGCCCUAUAUACGUCGAAUGCGUUCAAGUAAUAAAUCAUUUGAAUUGAAACCACUGCAAAUGGAAACAAUAAGAUAUGAAGGUUAUUGUAUUGAUCUACUGAGUGCAAUUGCUAAAAAUCUUGGUUUCACAUAUGAAUUAUAUGAAGUUGAAGAUGGUAGAUUCGGUGCACUCGACGAACAGACCGGUGAAUGGCAUGGUCUUGUACGUGAAUUAAUUGAUAAACGAGCUGACCUAGCAAUCGGACCGUUGACAAUAAGUUAUGCGCGUGAAAAUGUAAUCGAUUUCACUAAACCAUACAUGAAUUUAGGUAUCGGUAUCCUGUUCAAAAUGCCUACACAUGCACCGACACGUUUAUUUUCAUUCAUGUCACCACUCGCUGUUGAUAUUUGGCUUUAUGUUGUUGCUGCUUACGUUUUGGUUAGUUCGACAUUAUUCAUUGUGGCAAGAUUUAGUCCAUAUGAAUGGAUUAAUCCACAUCCAUGUAUACCGGAUUCAGAAUCAAUCAAAAUUAAUCAAUUUAAUCUGGCUGAUUCAUUUUGGUUCACAGUGGUUACGCUAAUGAAACAAGGAUGUGAUAUGAAUCCAAAAUCAAUGUCUACACGAAUUAUUGGUGCAAUUUGGUGGUUUUUUACAUUAAUCCUAAUUAGUUCAUAUACAGCUAAUCUUGCUGCAUUCUUAACUGUUGAACGUAUUACAACACCAAUUGAAAGUGUAGAAGAUUUAGCUCAUCAAUCAAAAAUUCGUUAUGGUACAUUACGUAAUAGUAGUACGAUGAGCUUUUUUCGUGAUUCUAAAUUUCCGAUCUAUCAGAAAAUGUGGCAAUUUAUGGAAAAACAUCCAGAGAAUUUCGCCGCAAGUUAUGAAGAAGGCCGUAAACGUGUAUUGAUGGGUGAUUAUGCAUUCUUAAUGGAAUCAACAAUGAUCGAUUAUAUGGUACAACGUGAUUGCAAUCUUGUACAAAUUGGUGGCCUACUCGAUUCAAAAGGGUAUGGUAUCGCAACACAAAUGGGAUCCGAAUGGAAAGAUAAAAUUUCGUUAUCAAUACUUGGCCUACAGGAAAAUGGUGAAUUACAAAUGAUCUAUGAUAAAUGGUGGAAAAGUCCUGGUCUUACUUGUACGGAUGAAUUGAAGAAUAAAGAUGGUAAAGCUAAUCCAUUAGGUUUAGGCAAUAUUGGUGGUGUAUUCGUUGUGCUAUUACUUGGAUUGGUAGCAGCAAUGAUAUCUGCAUUUCUUGAAUUUAUGACACAAAGAUCUCGACAACGUACGCCAUUCACAUCGAUUAUUUUGGAUCAACAUUAUCAUCAACAUCAACAUCAACAGCAGCAACAGCAACAACAACGAAAACAAAGUCGAAAUGAUCCAAACCAGGGUGAUGAUGCCAAUAUUUUGAAUAAUAGUGAUUCAUCACAAACACAUAUUUAUUGAUUGUAAUUGUAAUUACAGACAAAAAAAAUGA